AUGCCACCGGCCGUCGGAGGCCCUGUGGGAUACACUCCUCCUGAGGGAGGAUGGGGAUGGGCCGUGGUCAUCGGAGCCUUCAUCUCCAUUGGGUUUUCCUAUGCCUUCCCCAAAUCCAUCACCGUGUUCUUCAAAGAGAUUGAGGUCAUCUUCAGUGCGUCCAGCAGCAAAGUCUCAUGGAUCUCCUCCAUCAUGCUGGCUGUUAUGUACGCGGGAGGUCCCAUCAGCAGCAUCCUGGUGAACAAGUAUGGCAGGCGGCCCCACACAGAUUGCCGCGGGCUCGGGUGUGGGGUGGCUGAGCUUUGAGCCCCGCGUCUCUCCUCUCCUUCAGGCCUCGGGCUCGCCUUUAACUUGAACCCAGCCUUGACCAUGAUUGGCAAGUACUUCUUCAAGAAGCGUCCGCUGGCCAACGGGCUGGCGAUGGCGGGCAGUCCCGUCUUCCUCUCCACCCUGGCGCCCGUCAACCAGCUCUUCUUCGGCAUAUUCGGCUGGCGCGGCAGCUUCCUCAUCCUCGGUGGUCUCCUGUUGAACUGCUGCGUGGCCGGGUCCCUGAUGCGGCCCAUAGGGCCCAAGCCAGACCAGCUGAAGAAAGAGCCCACCAAGGAGGUGCUGCAGGAGGCUGGGAAGGCAGUGAAGAAGGACGACGGGGACACCAGCGAAGAGCUCAUCGGCGGAAAGGCCAAGAAAGAGAAGAGCACGUUCUUCCAGACGAUCAACAAGUUCUUGGACUUGUCCCUGUUCACGCACAGAGGCUUCCUGCUCUAUCUGUCGGGCAAUGUGAUCAUGUUCUUUGGGCUGUUCACUCCCUUGGUCUUCCUCAGCAAUUACGCAAAGAGCAAGAAGAUUGCUAACGAGUCCGCAGCCUUCCUGCUCUCCAUCCUGGCCUUUGUAGACAUGGUGGCCAGACCUUCCAUGGGACUGGUGGCAAACACCAAGUGGAUCAGACCCAGAGUCCAGUAUUUCUUCGCCAUCUCUGUGAUUUACAACGGGGUGUGCCACCUCUUGGCCCCCAUGUCCACCACCUAUGCCGGCUUCUGCAUUUACGCCGGCUUCUUCGGCUUUGCCUUCGGCUGGCUGAGCUCAGUCCUGUUUGAGACCCUCAUGGACCUGGUGGGAGCGCAGCGGUUCUCCAGCGCUGUCGGCCUGGUGACCAUCGUGGAGUGCUGCCCCGUGCUUCUGGGACCCCCUCUGCUAGGGAAGCUCAACGACAUGUACGGUGACUACAAGUACACGUACUGGGCCUGCGGGGUCAUCCUCAUCGUCUCUGGGAUCUACCUCUUCAUCGGGAUGGGCAUCAACUACCGCCUGGUGGCAAAGGAGCAGAAGGCAGAGGAGAAGGCGCGGAACGAAGGGAAGGAGGAGGAGACCAACGUCGACGAGGCGGAGAAGCAGAAAGAGGCAAACAACGACGUGGCCCCUUCGCCUCAGAAGAGCGCAGAGGACGGCGUCAAGGAGGAGGAGAGCCACAUGUGAGGGACCGGUGUCAAUCCCGGAGUGUCGGAAGCGCCGCUGCCCUGGCGCGGCGGCCGGGGCAGUGCUCCACUGGCGCUGGGCGGCCGUGAGAAGUGUUUAAACCAGG